AUGUCUUCUUAUCUGUCCAACAUUAGAAGUGCAGCCGCAUUGGCUACGCUCGUAACUAUUUUGUUGAACUUAUUCGUUUAUUAUUAUCCUGAUAUUUUAAAUUCAACUGAUAAGUGUAAUUGGCAUAAAUUCAAUGAUAAUGAAGUUAAUGAAAGUUCAAGAUCUCCUCGAUUAUUAAGUCAACAUGAAAUUAUCAAUUGGUUACCAGAAUUUGUUAGUGAUAAGAUUCUUUUAAAUCUUCCUCAUUUACAAGAUUUAACUGAUCAAACAUCUAAAUCUCCCUUUGAUGAAUCAAAUCAUGUUAAAGAUCUUCAUUUCUUAUUAUUUGGAGAUCCACAAAUUAAUGGUAAUUGGAAACUGACACCUUAUAUUAAAAGAUUAGAUAAUUAUGGAAAUGAUUAUUAUUUAGGUCAUAUUUAUAGUGUUAUGCAAUCAAGAUUAAAUCCAAGUCAUGUUGCAGUAAUGGGAGAUUUAUUCUCAUCUCAAUGGAUCCAUGAUUCUGAAUUUUAUAAUAGAACAAACAGAUUUGUUGAAAGAUUAUUUCCAAGACCAUUAGAAUAUAAAAAAAAUGUGGUUGAAACUUAUGAAAAACAUGAAGAUUAUGAUUGGAGAGCUUGGUUAGAUCAAGAAGUUAAUAUGGAUCCAGUUGAUAGAUUUAAAUCUCGAGUUUAUAAUGAUGUUUAUGAUUGGUUUAAUCAUUCAGCAAAAUAUCCUAAUUUUUAUAAUCCAUUAUUUAUAAAUUUAACUGGUAAUCAUGAUAUAGGUUAUAGUGGUGAUGCUACAUGGCAACAUAUGGCAAGAUUUCAUCAUUUAUUUGGUCAAAAUAAUUAUGUUAUUAAUUAUAAUAAAGGUACACCAGAAGAAUGGAGAAUUGUUAUAUUAGAUUCUUUAACUUUAGAAGGUCCAGCUUUACAAGAAGAAUUUCUUAAUUAUACUUGGUCAUUCUUAAAUAAUUUAAAUGAUAUUGAAAAUCCAACAUUUAAAGGUUCAACAAUUUUAAUGACUCAUAUACCAUUUUAUAAGAAAGAAGGAUUAUGUAGAGAUGGUCCAGAACAUAAAUAUUAUGUUGAUAAUGAAAGAGAACCUUAUAAAAAUGGUAAAUUAAGAUCUCAAAAUCAUUUGGCUUAUGAUGUUAGUCAAAAGAUAUUAAAUAUUGUAUUUCCAAAUACUGAUAAAGAAGGUAUUAUAUUAACUGGUCAUGAUCAUGAAGGUUGUGAUGAUUAUUAUAAUUUAAUUAAUGGAGAAUGGAUAGCAUCAAAAGAAAAAAUUAAUAAAGAAAGAGAAUCAAUUAGAGAAAUUGUAGUUAGAUCAAUGAUGGGAGAUUUUAAUGGUCAAACUGGUAUUUUAACAGGACACUUUGAUUAUGCAUCUAAAUUCUGGAAAUUUGAAUUCUCUUAUUGUUCAUUUACUGUUCAACAUUGGUGGUGGGCAAGUAAAAUUAGUUUAUUAAUUUCUAUUCUUUUACAUUCUUUAUAUUGGAUAAGCAUAUUUUAA